AAAAAUCUAUUAAAUACGCUAAUAAAUUUUUUGCGUUAAAUCUUCGAGAAUUUAAGAAAUGCUUAAUGAUGAAAGAAGAGCCCGAAGUGGUAGAGCAUUUUUUUGGAGUGUAUCUACUGUAUUGCACCAAUCCAAAGUACCGUGGUAGAACAUAUAUAGGUUACACUGUAGAUCCAAGGCGCAGGAUUAAACAACAUAAUGCUGGUAAAAAACAUGGUGGGGCUUGGAAAACUAGCAAGAAAGGACCAUGGAAUAUGGUGUUGAUUGUUCAUGGAUUCCCUAAUAGUACUUCUGCACUCAGAUUUGAAUGGGCUUGGCAGCAUCCACACGAGAGUAGGCGGCUAAAACAUAUUCCCAAAAAGAAGUCAACCCAAAAUAAAUUUGAUUUCUGUUUAACAGUUCUAUCUGAAAUGUUCAAAGUUGGGCCUUGGUGCCGCUUACCCUUGAUAUUGCGUUGGUUGGACUAUGAAUUUUCUAAGAGCUAUCAUGGAUGUAUAUCUUUACCAUUACACAUGCCUAUAUGCUAUGGCAAAGUUAUGAGAUGUAAAGUUAAGUCAAGACAAAGAAUAAAAACAGAUAAUAUUUUAUCACAAGAGUCACCAAUAUUUUGUUUUUUUUGCGGCUCAAGUAUGGUGGAGAAAGAUUCUGUUGCUUGUAUAAAACCAAGUUGUCUCUUGAUUGCACACUUAAUCUGCUUAGCAAAAGUAUUCAGCAAGGAUAGAAUGAUCUUACCGAUUGAAGGUACUUGUCCUAUGUGCAAAACUAGUGUUCUCUGGGGAGACCUUAUAAGAAAGAAGAACGGAUGCUAUCAAGAUCUUGGAGAGACUAACGGUGACUUUUCUUUUAGUGAUAGUGACAUUUAAUAAUAUAUUACAAUAUAGAUAGUAUAUUACAUAAAUAUUUGUAUUGUAAAUAUGGAUUUUUAUCUCAUUUUUAUUUAACUUAGUUUAUUGUAGCAAAGUAUUAUCUUAUAAGUGGCAAUUGUCUAUUAUCUCGUUAACAUAUUAUAUCGUUGAAGAAUUAUAAGAGAGAUUGUAAAAAUUAUACAUAAAUAUUUAUUUUUAUAUAUGAUGUUAUAUAUGUGUAUCCAA